UUUAAACAUUGUUAUUGUUUUCUUCUGAUUAUGAAUUUAUAUUCUUGUUUCUGUUUCUUUUAAAAAUUAGAAUGAAAAUGAAUUAGUUUGGUAAAUGCCGCAUAUAUAUUUUUAUAUUUAGUGUAUUCGACAUACAUUAUAGAUACAUCAUGUCUUUCUUUAAAGCUUUUAAUAUCUUGUAAGAAGUUUAAAAGCUUAACAGAAUAAUGGAAAAACUUAGUAAUAAUAAAGAGGUAAUUGAUUCACAAAUAUUAGCAGAAAAUGUUGGAUUUCUAGAGAACGAUUUUGACACUUCAUUUUCGUUGCAAAAAACGCUAAUCGCUGUUAAGGAAUAUGUAAUAGAUGAAGAGAACUUUUAUACACCUAAAGAAAACAAAAAACUUAUUUCUUUGAUAAAGAACAAAUGUAAUGAUUAUUCCCAAGAUACAAUAUGCUUACCAGAUAUUAGUAAAUGUAGCAAAGUGGAACUUCCUUCACAGUGUCGAACUGAUAAAGAAAUUUUAUCCACUACACGAAAAAUCAGUAAAAACUUAAAAGACUGGGGUUUGCCUCUGGGAAUUGCUGAAAAGUAUGAGGAGCGACAUAUUGUUGAAAUGUUUGAUUGGCAAGUAGAAUGUUUAAGCAAUCCUAAAGUUUUAUUGGAUUAUAACAAUUUGGUGUAUUCUGCUCCAACAUCUGCUGGUAAAACACUUGUUGCAGAGAUCUUAACAAUUAAAACUGUUCUCGAACGGCAAAGAAAAGUAAUUAUAAUAUUGCCUUUUGUAUCUAUAGUUAGAGAGAAAAUGUUUUAUUUGCAAGACAUAUUGUCUAGCUCAGGAAUAAGAGUUGAAGGGUUUAUGGGCUCACAAUCACCUCCUGGUGGUUUGCAAGCAGUUCACAUUGCAAUCUGCACUAUAGAGAAAGCAAAUAGCUUAUUAAACAAGCUCUUGGAUGAAGGAAACAUAUCAGAAUUAGGUGCUGUUGUAGUUGAUGAAUUACAUUUACUGGGGGAUUCUCAUAGAGGAUACAUUUUAGAGCUUCUUUUAACUAAAAUUAAAUUUGUAUCAUCAAAACUGGAUAAUGUUUCAAUACAAAUUAUUGGUAUGUCUGCUACAUUACCUAAUUUAGAUGUAUUAGCUAACUGGUUGGAUGCCGAGUUAUUUGUAACAGAUUUUCGACCAAUACCAUUAGAUGAAUAUUGUCUGGUAGGAACAAAACUCUUUGAUAAAACUGGUAAGCUUGUAAGCACAAUAAGCAGUGAUACAGACAUGGGAGAAAGUGAUAAUGUCUUGAAAAUCUGUCUAGAUACUAUAAGUGAUGGAUGUUCAGUUCUCAUUUUUUGUAUGACCAAAAAUAGAUGUGAAAAUCUAGCUCAAACUAUAGCAUCAUCAUUUUAUAAACUUGGUUCUAGUGGAGUUGAUAUGGGAUUAGUCUUAAGGAACCAAUUAAAAACAGAAAGUAUUUUUGAAGUAUUGGAACAGUUGAAGAACUGUUCUGUUGGUAUGGAUUAUAUCUUGAAGACUACUAUAUCUUUUGGUGUUGCAUACCACCAUGCUGGUCUUACUUUUGACGAGCGUGAUAUAAUUGAGGGUGGAUUUAAAUCUGGAGCGAUAAGAGUUUUAGUAGCCACAUCUACACUAAGUUCUGGUGUCAAUUUGCCUGCUAGAAAGGUCAUUGUAAGAUCACCAGUUUUUCAAAGGCAACCAAUAAAUAUUUUAACCUAUAAACAAAUGAUUGGAAGAGCAGGAAGAAUGGGCAGAGAUACAAAAGGUGAAAGUAUAUUGAUAUGUUCUGAAACUGAAAAGAAAAUAGGAUUUGAACUGAUGAUGGGUGCAUUAGAUCCUGUUGAGAGCUGUAUUAAUACUGAAGAUAAAUAUAUGAGAGCAGUGCUUGAAAUGAUAGCUAGUCAAAUUGUUAGUACAAAGACUGAAUUAGAUCUGUAUUCUAAAUGUACUUUACUUUUUGUACAGCAAAACAAAUCAUUAUCACAAAAUAUAUUAUUGAACAAUACCUUAGAUCAAUUGAUCAAUUAUGAAUUAGUUAGAAUCCAAGGUGAUGGAGAAGAAAAGCAUUACAUUGCUACACCACUAGGGAAGGCAUGUCUUUCUUCAUCAAUGGCCCCUAACGAUGGGUUGUCACUAUUUUGUGAAUUACAGAAAGCCCGUCAAUGUUUAGUAUUAGAAACAGAUCUUCAUCUUAUUUAUUUAGUAACACCAUAUAGUGUAAGUAGUCAAUGGGGUGAUAUAGAUUGGCUGCAUUUGUUGACUUUAUGGGAAUCUUUAACGAGAUCUAUGAAAAGAGUAGGAGAAUUAGUUGGUGUACAGGAAAGUUUUAUUAUUCGCAAUCUGAGAGGUAAUAAUAAGCUAAAUAAUGUACAAAAUAAAAUGAACAUUCACAAAAGAUUUUAUACAGCUUUGGCUUUACAAGAUUUAGUGAAUGAAGUGCCGCUGUCAGAGGUGGCAGCUAAGUUUCAAUGUGCACGAGGGUUUCUACAAAGCCUGCAACAAGCAGCAGCCACAUUUGCAGGUAUGGUUACGGCUUUUUGCCGUCAGUUGGGUUGGAAAAAUAUGGAAAUGCUAAUAUCACAGUUCCAAGAUCGGUUGCAUUUUGGAAUCCAUUCAGAAUUAGUGGAAUUGAUGAAAUUGCCCACUUUAAAUGGCGUUAGAGCUCGGACUCUAUUUGAUUCUGGUUAUGAGAGUAUUGCCAGUAUUGCAUGUGCUGAUGCUAAUGCAAUCGAAAAUGCUCUUCAUAAGUCAGUGCCUUUUCAGAGUACGAAAGGAAGAGAAGGAGAUGACUAUGAUGAUAUAAGAAAACGGAAUAAAAUAAGAAAUAUUUGGAUUACGGGUUGCUGUGGUAUGACAGCUAAAGAAGCAGCUGAAAAUCUUAUUUCAGAGGCUAGGAAAUAUUUAAAACUUGAAAUAGGUGUUGCUGACAUCAAAUGGGAAGAUAUAAGCACUAAAAAUGUAAAUAAUUCCCAAAACGUAAAUUUAGAUCAAAUACACAAAUCUGAUGAAGUAAACUUUAGCAAUCACCCUAAAACUUUACUGCCUACUGCAAUUAGAAAUAGAAUUAUAUCACAAAAAUUGGAUUGUAGCAGUAAUUUACAGACUGCGGGAAUUUACAAGAACAAUCAAGAUAAGAAUACGACACCAAUAUCUCAGUUAAAUAAAUUAGAAGAUGACAACAAAAAUGCCAUCUGUAAAUUAAUUAAUAAUGAUGAAAUUUUUGUAAAUAGUAAUAAUAAUAAUAAUAUUUUAGGCGAUGAAAUUGCAAAUGACAUUGUAUCUACUAAAGUAACAACAAUGAACUGUAAUUUAUCUAAGGUACCUAAAGAUGAAAUUGCCUGGGAUUCACUUAUUUUUAAUGAAACAACAGAAAACGGCAUAAAUAUCGGGUCGGUGAAUAUACAAUCACCAAAUUUAAGUUUUGGUGAUUCGGAAGAUAAACCUCCAAUUUCAGAAAUUGUCUCUAAAGAAAUCUCACCUGUCAAUGAUAUUAGUUUAUUUUCCUCAGAAGGUGAUAAUUCUAGUCUUUUUGAAGAAAGCUUGCUGCUUGAUUCGAUAACAAGCAAACUAUUUAAUAAAGAGAUAACAUUACAACUAUCAAAAGAAAAUAAGUCAGAAAUAACUUCUGGUUAUAUUAAUGUAGACUCCGAUACUUUUCUAAAUGCAUUUAAAUCUACUAUUAUUGAUGUAGAAGCAGAUGAAGAUAUAAAGUUAAUUUAUGAUGAUGAAAAUAGAAUAAGCGAAAAUGAAUUAGAAGUUGCAUUUAAUGUAUCUGAAGAAGUGGCAAAUACUUCACAAAGAAAUGAAACUUCAAUAAGAAAUAUUUUCAUUAGUUCACAGAAAAGACGAGCAGAAUCUAUUAGCCAUGAUUUCCAUCCUGCAAAGAAAAUUAAAAUCGCUGUAAAUAAGUGUUAUUCUGUCUCUAACAGUGAUUUAAAAUUAUCUGCGUUAAAAUUGGAUCUCGCACAAUCAAUGAAGUAUACAGUUGUACUUGAUGAAUUUAAAUUUGAUUAUGUUAUAUUAAGAGAAGAGGAUGUUAUAGACAAUAUAGAUAUUUUGUCAAAUCUAAAAGAAGCCUCUGUUUAUGUGUCUAUUUACAGAGAUACAAUUAAGAAUGAAGUAAUUGGGUCUAAGGUUUUACAGGGCUCAAGGAAAAAUGGGAAUGAUAAGGCUUCAGAUAGUAUACAAUGCAAGCUUGGAAUAUGUAUCUGCUUUGGUCAAGAAUGUGUUUUAUUGGAUCUAACUUUUUUGGACAACAAGCUAAAACAACAAUUAUGUCAAUUGUUUCAAAACCCAUCACUGAAAUUGAAAGUAAUGUCUUUAAGAAACAUUUACAUUCACAUGAAACAGUAUUUCCAUAUCGAUCUAGUUCUGCCCAGCAUGGAUAUCUGUUUAUUCGAAUGGCUCCUAAAUAGUGAUGAAAAGAUACCGGACAUUAUGUACUUGACAAAAAAGUAUUGUGGUGUAGACUUAUCAAAUAUUUCAAUAAAGAUUAAUAAUAGCGAAAAAUUUAAUGAAUUAGACACCUUCGAAGAUGCAUGUAUCCGAGCGUGGUGUAUUUGGGCUGUUGCAGAAAAGCAGGAAGAAAUACUGUCAGAACAGUAUAAUACUAUAAAGGAAACACUUCACAUUGAAAUACAAGUUAUGAAGAUUCUAUCAAACUGCGAGUUUCAAGGGCUGAGCGUAGACAAGGAUCUCGCGUCACAGCUGUUGAUUGAUGUAAAAACCUCUCAAGAAACGCUUCAAAAGAAAGCGUAUAAAAUUUGUGGAUAUCAUUUCAACUUUAAUUCGUCAAAAGAUGUUGCCAAGGUUCUAGGUAUAUACAAGGGUCGUAAAGUGAGUACAAAGAAAAGUGUGCUCACAUCGCACAAUACUCCAAUAUCAAGUAUUGUAAUGUACUGGAGGAAACUGAACUCUAUAUUGACGAAAACAUUGUACCCACUCGCAGAGAAGGCGUGCGUGUACAGCGUCGGCGAUAGAAUCAACCCCUCGUAUACAAUGUUCACGUGCACUGGCCGCGUCAGCAUGCACGAGCCUAAUUUGCAAAAUGUUCCGCGGACUUUCUCAAUUCCUGUCAAAUAUUUGACAGCAAACGAAACGAACACCGAUGACGUCAUGGAGUUCAACUGUAGAAACAUAUUUAGGGCUGGCCCCGGACAUUUGUUGGUGUCGGCCGAUUACUGUCAGUUAGAAAUGAGGAUAUUGACUCACUACAGCGAGGAUCCCGUUCUCAUGAAAAUAAUGAAAUCGGAUGUUGACGUUUUCAAGUCGAUCGCAGCAUCUUGGAGUAACGUGCCUGAGGACGAGGUUGACGAUGAUCUGCGACAAAAGGCGAAGCAACUUUGCUAUGGGAUCCUAUACGGUAUGGGGAAUAGAACUCUCGCACAGCACCUCGAUGUCACCGAGCUAGAGGCGGCCAUGUUCAUGGACUCGUUCUUCAAGACAUACCCAAGCGUGCGCACGUUCACGGAGACUGUUAUCGACGAAUGUAGGAAGAAUGGUUACGUGAAGACACUGAUGAACCGUAAGAGGUUCCUGCCUGAUAUCAACAGCAACCUCAUGCACAAGAAAACCGCAGCAGAGCGCCAAGCGGUGAACACCACUAUCCAAGGCUCAGCGGCGGAUAUCGCGAAAGCUGCCAUGUGUGCCAUAGACAACAGAACUGGUGGAACUAUAGACAGACCUUGUUUGAUUUUACAAAUGCACGAUGAACUUAUAUAUGAAGUUCCUGAAUCCAAAAAGGCUUCCUUUAUCACUUUGAUAAGAGAAGUAAUGGAAGAUACAGUACGCUUAAAAGUGCCUUUACCUGUUAAAGUUAAAUGUGGCUAUAAAUGGGGUUCACUCGAGGAAAUAAAAGUAUGAACUGAAGCAUAUUGUUGUAUGCUAUAAAAGUCUCUGUAAUAGUCAGUUAUGAAAUUAUAUUAUUAGCCUGUGAUAUUUUUAAUUGCUUUUCUUGUGAUAUUGUAACGGUUUUAUAGUUUGUACUGGAAAUAAAAUUAUGGUGGUGUUUGAUGUU